CGGAAGUGCCGUUCAGAUACAAAUGUCCUGCUGAUUGUUGGCCUGCAGAUCACCUGUCUGACUCUCUGUCUGUCUUUCUGUCUGUCUCUCUCUCUGUCUGCCGCUCAUAUACAGGAAUAAUGCGCGUCCCGCAGGUGUCCAGCUCUGCACGGGUCCAGGCGGUGUUAACCAGCUCAUCUGCAGGUCUAGAAGGCUUCAAAGCUCACGCCGUUUUCCAGGAGAUCAAUAAAAAGCUGCAAGAGGACGGAGAGCAGUUUGUGAAGAAGAUUGGAGGUGUGUUUGCCUUUAAAGUGAAGGACGGGCCGGAGGGAAAGGAAGCCGUCUGGAUAGUGGAUGUAAAGAAUGGAAAAGGCUCCGUCCACAAUGACAGCGAUAAGAAAGCAGACUGCACUAUUGCUAUGGCCGACUCAGACCUGCUGGACCUCAUGACUGGAAAGAUGAAUCCACAGACUGCAUUUUUCCAGGGUAAACUGAAGAUUACUGGCAACAUGGGAAUGGCAAUGAAACUCCAGAACCUCCAGCUGCAGCCAGGGAAGGCCAAACUGUGAGUGGGCGGAGCCAAGAGGCAAGGGGAGGAGGAGUCCGUCUGGAAGAAGGCGGAGCCUCAAGUAUAGUUCACUCUAUUAGAGUAGCUGCACAGGAGUCAGCGUUUCUCCGCUGUAGGGUUCAGCCUCUUUCUAAUACGGUUAAGGAAUAAUUCACCCAACAAUACAAUUGGACAUCAUUUGAUGGCACUGUUAAAGGGAUAAAUCACCCAAAAAAAUCAAAAUUCUGACCUCAUUUACUCAAUUCUCAUUAAGAGUUGAACACAAAAGAAGAUAAACCUGUAACCAUUGACUUCCUUAGUAAAAAAAAUUACUGCAGAAGUCAAUGGUUACAGGUUUUCAGCUUUCUUCAAAAUAUCUUCUUUUGUGUCAAACACAUAAGAAAGAAACUCAUAAAGGUUUGGAACCACUUAAGAGAGAGUAAAUAGUGAGAACGUUUUCAUUUUUGGGUGAAAUAUACCUUCAUAUCUUCUGAAUGCAAACUUUUUUACAAGGAAUAGACCACCAUUAUGAACUUUAUAGCUAAAGUUAAUGAUGUUAAGUUCUAUUUUUAGGUGAAUUAUUUAAUUGAAUCUUGUGAUUCUGGUAGUUGGUUAUACAAAUAAAAUUAAUACUGUUGCUAAUAAUUUUGAUAUCUUUGAUGCUGUCAUUUUGAUGGACAACUGUUUCAAUUGUAUGCAUGUUUGGAUUGGUUUUCCCCAAAUAUUUUCCUGUGGUGUUUAAAACGGUGCGGGUUUGCUCUGAAAGUGCCUGAAGUGUGUGUUUGAAUAAGGCUAACACACCACUCCAAACGCCGCAAAAAUUCUGCUCAUCAGUAUUUUGCUAUGUUUUCCAAUAAAAACGACGAAGCAUUCUCAAAUCAAUGUAGGUUUUCUUGAGAAGCAAAAUGAAGUCUUGUUUUCUAACCUAAAAUUUCAUCAGAAAUUUUAUUAGCAAAAAAAGUGGCAUAAGUCUAAAUUAAAAAGGUAAACAAAUCAAUAUUUCUAACUCUUCUGACAGAUGUUGGAUCUUGUUUUGAGAAUAAUCAGAAAACACGACUUCUAAAAACCCAUUAAAAGGUUUGUACAAGAAAACAAGACCAAAAUACUAAGAAACAAACCCAUUUUUGCAGUUGAUUUGUGGAUUUGAUAGAUGGAUGCCUUGUUAAAAUGUUUGACAGCCAUGAGAUUCAUUCUGUUUCAUCUUUAGAGUCGCUCUAGGCCUAUUCAUCUAUACUUUCUUGAUAAAACUGCACCAAUUAUAAAUAAAUAUAUAUAUAUCCAAUACAUGAGUGCAUGGAUAUAUUUAUAUUGUCCUACAGAUGUAAUUGGAGCAUCAUUUCGUUUGUGUGUCUCCCUCUCAUGUCAACCAAUUUUGCCCGUCAUGCUGAAAUACUUUUGUACUAAAUAAACCUAAUCUUUCACAUUAAAA